AUGUGCGGUAAAUCUUACAAACACAAGGCGUCUUUGUAUAAUCAUAUUACAUUUGAAUGUGGACAAGACAAGAAUUUCAAAUGCCCAAUUGAAAAUUGUGCUUUUAUGUGCUACCAGUGCGGCAAAAAUUUCAAAUUCAAGGCGUCGCUCAAAAACCAUAUGGAAUUCGUUUGUCAAAAGGAACCGACGUUUUCGUGUCCAGUGUGUCUGAGAAAAAGCAAAUUGGUGGGGAAUUUGAAAAAGCACAUCAUCAAGAUGCAUCCGAACUACGAUACGAAUCUAUUGAAAAAAUCCGUUGAUGUCAAACUUAAAACGAAAGACGAGUUUAAUAAUAUGUUUAUGUAGUAGUUCAAAGAGCGACCGCAAAACUACUGUGUUUAAAAUUCAUUCAAUCAUUCUUCGUUUGGUAUCCCGCACGGCCCAAUACUGGGCCUUAUGAUAACAAAUUUUAAAGUUUAUGAAAUAUGUUGUUAAAAAAAUUUAUGUACAUAACAAAUAUAUCAGAACUAUGUUUAGACAAACUGUUAUACAGUGCUUUCGUAAAUAAAUUCAUUUUUAACCAAAACAUUCAUUUGUAUAAAAGGUAACGAACAUAUGAGUAAUGACGCCAGCUAUAUCCUAAACGGUAAGAGAUACAGUGUUGGUUAAAUUAGAGAAAAGUUAUACUAUUUCGUUCCCAUUAAGAAUCUGCUUUUAAAUCUAAAAUCUCUACAGAGGUUUCCAAAAUAUUGGAUAAAAACUAAAAAUUGUCAUUUUGGAAAAUGUAUGAUAUUGUAUACAUCAAAUUUAACGAAAAUUUAGACUUUUGUAUUAUGAGCUACAGCCUAAUCGAUUGUCGCUUCCAAACCUUCUAUAUUUUGAACAACCAUAGCCAAGUUUGUUAUUUCUUUUGGCCGCCUUACUGAAUUUUUAUACCAUAUAACAUCCAACAAAACUCCAAAUUCAACGAUACCAUACAAACCGUAAAGAUGUUCCAAAGAAAAGUGAGGUUAGGUCAAAAUAUUAUUUUUCUGUUUUCAGUUUUGCUUUUCUUAUGGACCCUGUAUGCCAUUUAUGCCAUUAAAUCGAACAAAAAAGGCGGCCAUAAGAAAUAAGAAAGUUGGGUAUGGUUGCUCAAAAUCUAGGAGGCCUGGAAAUUUUUGGAUAGAGCCAUUCGAUUGGGCGUAGCUCAUAAUAUAUAAGUCUAAAUUUUCGUUGAAUUUGCUCAAACGAUGUAUACAAUAUCGUAAGUUUUCCUAAAUGACAAUUUUUAGUUUUUAUCCGAUAUUUUGGAAACCCCUGUAGAUAUUUUAGAUUUCAAAGCAGAUUCUUAAUGGACAUGAAAUAGCGCUACGUUUUUCUAAUUUAACCAAGUAGUAGAUUAAUUUGUUAAAAUUUCAAGAACAACUUUUAGAAUAAACGCUCAAAGCAGUCGAAUUUUAUUUUCAUUU